AGGAGGAGGGAGGCGGUGGAGACGGCGCUCAGCUUGGCUGCUGGCCGCAAGCGGGCGGCGCGGGGUCGCUGGCCCGUGGGGACGAGGACGCCCGAUCUCCAAGCUCCGCGGAUCCCUCGGCCCCGACACCGCCCCUCCCUGCGCCGCCCUCCCUGCGCCGACGCCGGCGGCUGGGCGAGGCCCCCGUGCGCCCUCCCGCGUCCCGCUCGCCACCCCGCGGAGCCGGCGGCCCGGCCCCAGCGCCCCCGCGCCCCGCGCCCCGCGCCCGCGGCCAUGGCCGGCAACGUGAAGAAGAACGCGGGGCCCGGGGGCGGCGGCGGCUCCGGGGGCUCGGGCCCGGGCGGUCUGAUCGGGCUCAUGAAGGACGCCUUCCAGCCGCACCACCACCACCACCUCGGCCCCCACCCGCCGGGCGCCGUGGACAAGAAGAUGGUGGAGAAAUGCUGGAAGCUCAUGGACAAGGUGGUGCGGCUGUGUCAGAACCCAAAGCUGGCGCUAAAGAACAGCCCGCCUUACAUCUUAGACCUGCUGCCAGACACCUACCAGCACCUGCGCACGGUCCUGUCCAGAUAUGAGGGGAAGAUGGAGACACUUGGAGAAAAUGAGUAUUUUAGGGUGUUCAUGGAGAAUUUGAUGAAGAAAACCAAGCAGACCAUAAGCCUCUUCAAGGAGGGUAAAGAAAGAAUGUAUGAGGAGAAUUCUCAGCCGAGGCGGAGCCUGACCAAGCUGUCGCUCAUCUUCAGCCACAUGCUGGCCGAGCUGAAGGGCAUCUUCCCCAGCGGGCUGUUCCAGGGCGACGCGUUCCGCAUCACCAAGGCCGACGCCGCCGACUUCUGGAGGAGAGCCUUCGGGGAAAAGACGAUAGUCCCUUGGAAGAGCUUCCGACAGGCCCUUCAUGACGUGCAUCCCAUCAGUUCUGGGCUGGAGGCCAUGGCUCUGAAGUCCACAAUUGAUCUGACCUGCAAUGAUUAUAUUUCAGUUUUUGAAUUCGACAUCUUCACACGGCUCUUUCAGCCCUGGUCCUCUCUGCUCAGGAACUGGAACAGUCUCGCUGUCACGCACCCUGGUUACAUGGCUUUCCUGACGUAUGAUGAAGUAAAAGCUCGGCUCCAGAAAUUCAUUCACAAACCUGGCAGUUACAUAUUCCGGCUGAGCUGUACUCGUCUGGGUCAGUGGGCUAUUGGGUAUGUCACCGCUGAUGGGAACAUUCUCCAGACAAUCCCUCACAAUAAACCUCUCUUCCAAGCGCUGAUUGACGGCUUCCGGGAAGGCUUCUAUCUGUUUCCUGACGGGCGGAGUCAGAACCCCGACCUGACGGGCUUGUGUGAGCCGACGCCCCAAGACCACAUCAAAGUGACCCAGGAACAAUAUGAAUUGUACUGUGAGAUGGGCUCCACAUUCCAACUGUGUAAAAUAUGUGCCGAGAAUGAUAAGGAUGUGAAGAUCGAGCCCUGUGGACACCUCAUGUGCACUUCCUGUCUGACAUCCUGGCAGGAAUCGGAAGGCCAGGGCUGUCCUUUCUGCCGAUGUGAAAUUAAAGGUACUGAGCCCAUUGUGGUCGAUCCAUUUGAUCCGAGAGGAAGUGGCAGCCUAUUGAGGCAAGGAGCAGAGGGAGCUUCUUCCCCCAAUUAUGAUGAUGAUGAUGAUGAACGAGCUGACGAUUCCCUCUUCCUGAUGAAGGAAUUAGCUGGUGCCAAGGUGGAGCGGCCCCCCUCUCCGUUCUCCUUGGCGCCGCAGGCACCCCUGCCGCCCGUGCCACCACGACUGGACCUGCUGCAGCAGCGCCCGUGCGCCCCUGCGGGGGCGGGCCUGGGAGCGGCGCCCAAGGCUGUGGCCGGUGCCCUGCAUAAGGACAAGCCAUUGCCAGCGCCCCCCACUCUCAGAGACCUGCCGCCGCCGCCCCCUCCUGACCGGCCGUACUCCGGGGGAGCUGAGGCCCGGCCGCAGAGACGCCCCUUGCCCUGUACUCCCGCUGACUCUUCAUCCAGGGACAAGCUGCCUCCCGUCCCCUCCAGCCGCCUUGGGGAGUCCUGGCUGCCUCGGCCCAUCCCCAGAGUGCCCGCCGUCACCCCAAGCCCUGGGGAGCCCUGGACAGGACGGGAGCUGACCGCCCGGCACUCCCUGCCCUUUUCGCUGCCCUCCCAAAUGGAGCCCAGAGCAGAGGGGCCUCGGCCUGCGAGCGCCUUCAGUCUGGGCGCCUCCGUGAAUAUGAAUAGCAGCCCAUUAGCAGGUCCAGAGUGUGAGCACCCCAAAAUCAAACCUUCCGCAUCGGCCAAUGCCAUUUAUUCCCUGGCUGCCAGACCUCUUCCUCUGCCCACGCUGCCGCCCGGGGCGCAGUGCGAGAGCGAGGAGGACGCCGAGUACAUGACGCCCUCCUCGCGGCCCGUGGGCCUUCCGAAGCCGGAGGGGAAGCAGCCCUUCGAGACCGCCCCGAGCCUCCGAGCGGGCGGCGGUGACCAGCAGGCGGACGGCAGCACCUAUGAAGCCAUGUACACCCUGCAGCCCCCGGGGGCGCCGGCCGGCGCAGAGGGCAGCUCCGUUGGUGAGGGGGACGUGGCUGCAGCCCUUGCCGGCGUCGGCCCCGAGGAAUCGGAAAACGAAGAUGAGGGCUACGACGUCCCGAAGCCGCCCGUGCCCGCAGCGCCGGCCCGCCGGACGCUCUCCGACACCGCCAAGGCCAGCCUCUCCUUCGGCUGGCUGUCUCUGGAAGGCGACCCCGCAAACUUCACGGAGUGUUCCCCAGUUCCCGAGAGACCCCCCAAGCCGUUCCCUCGGAGAAUCAACUCUGAGCGCAAGGCGGGGCCGGGCCAGCCAGGUGCCACGGCGGCCACCUCGCCGCAGCUCUCCAGCGAGAUCGAGAGCCUCCUGAGCCAGGGCUACUCCCACCAGGACAUCCAGAAAGCCCUGCUCAUCGCUCACAACAACAUCGACAUGGCCAAGAACAUCCUCCGCGAGUUCGUGUCCAUCUCUUCUCCCGCCCACGUGGCCACCUAGCACCCCUCGGCCUGCGCUGGCGAGGAAGUGGCUGGGCUCCCCGGGCGCCGGGCAGGGGCUCCCGGAGACUUGGCAGUGAGGUCGGCCCUGCGGUGGGCGUCCCUGUGGCUCGGCUUUCAAAGCGGUGGAUGAACAUGGAGCGGCUGUGCUGUUGUCCUGGUUGGGGCGUGCGCUGGAGGCUCUCAGGCCCCGCCCAGCGAGGGGCGCUUGUAAAAACGCCGCCCGGGAGCGGCGAGAGGGAGGAGCGCUGCGCUCUCACCCAGUGGGAGACCCGGGGCUUUCCUGCGCGAAGACUGUGGCUGUGUCAGUCUGUCCGGCUGUGUGUCCUGUGAUUUUGAGACGAACCCGCUGUCUCCGUUCAUCCCAGGCGGGAAGCCAGCACCAGGGGUUUCGGAAGGAACCGUGUGAAAACUUCCUGCGCCGUGGUGUCCCCCACCCGCGUGUGUGCGGCCGCCGCACCCCCAGGCCGGCCGCUCGCCAUGGCUCCCCGCGUUAGCCCCCCCUCCUCCCUCCGCUGGCUCACAGGGUGCUCCGGUGCGUGGGUGCUGGUGGGUGUGGAGACGCGGGAAGGACGGUUGAUGGAGCACCAAGCGUUUCUAUGGGAACCUGGAGGGGCUCCGUUAAAAGGCGUCGCGGCGACCUAACGACAGAACGCCUGCCUGUGGCAGAGGCCUCGGCCCCCAGGCCCCCCGGAAUGAGUCGGGGCCGCCGCCCUGAUGGGGGGGGGUGGAGAGCAUUUAUCCUGUGUGGCUUCUGGCCGACGCCCUGAAGCUUCCAGAAGCCACCUCACAUGCUCUUGACCGUGUUGUCCAUAAAAUGCACAAAACAGACCAUUGGGAUCUGUUUGUUCAGUGUUUCUUCCCAGCGAAUCGAUUCCGCUGAUACGGCGCCUCCUGGACCGGCAGCCUGGCUGUGUCCCCACUGCCGGGUGUCCUUGCCCUCCGGGUGUGGGUGCCGGCCCGGUGGCGGCACAGCGUUUGCUGGGGUGAGCGCCCGUCCUGUGCCCCGCAGCCUGGUUUUCUCUGGCGCCUGUGAUUUGGGGAAGGCAGGGUCUCCUUUGCCUCCUCGUCCCCCAGG